GGCUUGGCAAGGUUAGGUUUUAAUCAAAUUUCUAUCAAAAUUAAACAUUGCAUCACGACAUAUGUCCACAUAAUCUAAUACUAGUAAUAGAGAUAAUGUGACAUCAAAUUUUAUGCUGGGAAUAGUAAAAUAAGAAAUGAAGUUGUGAAAAUAUAAAUAGUUGACAAUUGAUAGUUAAUAUUGCCAAUUUCUUUCCUCUACUACUUAAUUUCUCACUGUACAAAGUGUAACGUCAAACUCUACGCGCGUAAUAAUUUUUUCAAUCAAAGAAAGUUGGUGAAAAAGUGUUCUAUAAAAGAAAGUAUUAUCAUAAUAUAAUACUAGAUAAUAUUAUAAACACAGAUUUUUGUCAUAUAUUGUUAGAAAUAUACUUGAAAAUUUUUAUUUAUUUUGACAUAUAAGGUUAUUUCGGUUCAAUAUAAAAAUUCAAGAGAAAAAAAAAAUACUAAGAUAUAUUACUUGAGAAAGAUAUUAUAUAAAAUUAAUCAAAUUUAUUUGUGACAGUGAAUUAUUUUAGAGUUAAUUUGUCUCAUUAGAAAUAUAAUUUCAAAUGCAAUGAAAAUAAACGAGAAAAACAUGGUAGCUUUUGCAACUUCUGCAACACCAGUAGAUCGUGAAGGCUGGUUAUACAAACGUGGUGAAUUAAAUCGUGGCUAUCAAAAAAGAUGGUUUGUUCUCAAAGGAAAUAUAUUAUUUUAUUUCGAUCGACGCGGUGACAAAGAACCAGUUGGUAUGAUAGUUCUUGAAGGUUGUACUAUUGAAUUGGCAGAAGAUGAGGAACAAUUUGGUUUUCAAAUUGUAUUUCAUGGUCCAAAUAAUAGAAAUUAUGCUCUUGCAGCAGAAUCUCAAGAAUCUAUGGAGCAAUGGAUGAAAGCUUUAGCAUGUGCAAGCUAUGAUUAUAUGAAGUUAAUGGUAGCAGAUUUACAAAGACAAUUGGAUGCUGCAGAAGAAGAAACAACAAUGGUGGUAGCUCCUUCACAAUCUCCUAAAGCUCCACCAAGGCAACGACAUAAUCCUUUUAAUAGAUCAGAAUUUCAUCAUCGUUCACAGAGUGUUAGAUCUGCCCCUGGAAGAACAGAAAAUGUUCCAAGAACAAGGAUAACAUUCCGUGAAUUGCAUAAUAUGUAUGGUAGAAGAAUUUUAGCUGAUUUAAAUGAAUGGAGACAUACAAGGAAAGCUGCUGAAGCUCCCUUAAUUAGUUUCUAAUAAUGUAUUACAUAUAAAUUGUAAAUAUUUAAUUCAAUGUAAGAUUAUAAAGUAGUCGAUAAAAGAAAUAUAUUAAGUUCAUAAAUUCUCAUUUAUAUAUUUAAAAAUCAUGAUAAAUGAAGAAAUAAAAAAUUUUCAUCACAAUUUUUCAUUAAUUCCCAUUAAAAAAUAAUAUGCUAUUUGAUUCUAGAUAUUAAUGUAUAAUUUUUAAUGGUGCUAUUUGAUAUUUUAUUUUAAGAUCUCAUUAUAUUUCUUCCAUCGACUAUAUGCACAUUAAAUAUCAUUGGAAUGUAUCAUUUAUUUUUAUAAGACCAAAAUAUUUACAAUCAAUAUACAACAAAAUAUAAUUAUAAAUUUUAAUCGUUAUUAGAAUAUUACAAAUUAUUGCUGUCUCAAAUAGAAACUGUGCCUGUAAAAUACAAUACAUUCAUUAUUGUUAAAUUAAA